CUUUUUUUCUCACAAAGAGCGGAGAAAACUCAAAGCGGAAGUGAGAAAGUGAAGCGGGGCAGGAAAACUUUUGCUGUCGGGGGGAGCUCGCAGACGCCGCGGCCGAAACGACGCAGCGACGCGAUGGCGAAGUGAACGCUGGUUUCGACGCGCUCGAGUUAGAAAGUCGAACGGGGCGAGUUAGCGCGCGAGCCGCGAUGGGUCUCCCCACGCUGGAGUUCAGCGACUCCUUCCUGGACAGUCCGCACUUCAGAGAGCGCAUCAAAUGCCACGAGAUCGAGCUGGAGAGGACCAAUAAAUUCAUCAAAGAUCUCAUCAAGGACGGGAGCACGCUCAUCACCGCGCUCAGAAAUCUGUCGGCCGCUGUCCAGAAGUUCUCCCAGUCCCUGCAGGAGUUCCAGUUCGAGUGCUUAGGUGACGCCGAGACCGAUGACGAGGUCAACAUCGCCCAGUCGUUCAAGGAGUUUUCCCAGCUGCUGAACACCGUGGAGGAGGAACGCCGACGCCUGAUUCAGAACGCCGAUGACGUCUUGAUUACUCCGCUGGAGAAGUUUCGCAAGGAGCAGAUCGGCGCCGCGAAGGAGGGGAAGAAGAAAUUCGAUAAGGAAACGGAGAAAUAUUACUCCACGCUUGAGAGACACCUCAACUUGUCUUCCAAAAAGAAGGAGUCAUAUCUUCAGGAGGCCGACACGCAGAUUGAUAAGGAGAGACAGCUCUUUUAUGACGCCUCCCUCGAGUACGUCUUCAAAAUACAGGAAGUGCAAGAGAAGAAGAAAUUUGAGUUUGUGGAGCCGCUCCUGGCCUUUCUUCAGGGUUUGUUUACAUUCUACCAUGAAGGAUACGAGCUGGCUCAUGAGUUCGAGCCCUACAAGCAGCAGCUCCAGUUCAACCUGCAGAACACGCGCAACAAUUUCGUGAGCACCAAGCAGGAAGUGGAGAAGCUGAUGAAGAGGAUCCGGUUGGCGGAUCAGGACUACAAGCCGCCGGGCCAGUGGACCAUGGAGGGCUUCCUGUACGUCCAGGAGAAACGUCCUCUGGGAUGCACUUGGACGCGCCACUACUGCACGUACGAGAAAGGCAGCAAAGCCUUCACCAUGAGCAACACUGAGAACAAGUCGGCCGGGAAACAGAACGGUCUUGUUCUGAACCAGCCGGAGCUGUUCAAGCUCAAAUCCUGCAUCCGGAGGAAAACAGACUCCAUCGACAAGCGUUUCUGCUUUGAUAUUGAAGUAGUUGAGAGAAAUGACAUCUGUCGUGGAACUCUUUUCAGGCCACUUCAGUUUUUCUGUAAAGUCCGGCACGGCGUCAUGACACUGCAGGCCCUGUCGGAGUCCAACAGAAGACUGUGGCUGGAGGCCAUGGAUGGCAAAGAGCCGAUUUAUAACCUGCCAGCCAUUCUGAGCAAAAAGGAGGAGACAUUUCUUAACGAGGCGGGCUUCAACUUCGUGAGGAAAUGCAUUGACCUGGUGGAGACGAGAGGCAUAAAUACGAUGGGGCUGUACAGAAUCGGAGGGGUCAACUCCAAGGUGCAGAAGCUCAUGACUACAGUCUUUUCAUCCAAGGCACCUGUGGAUAUUGACCUGGAUCCGGAGACGUGGGACAACAAAACGAUCACCAGUGGCCUGAAGAAUUACCUCAGGUGUCUCUCUGAGCCUCUGAUGACGUUCAAGCUCCACAAAGACUUCAUCAUGGCCGUCAAGUCAGACGACCAGAAUUACCGGGUUUGUGCCGUCCACGCUUUGGUUCACACGCUGCCUGAGAAGAACAAGGAAAUGCUGGAGCUGCUCAUAAAACACCUCGUCACCGUCUCCACACAGAGCCAGGUCAACCUCAUGACCGUGUCCAACCUGGGCGUCAUCUUUGGACCCACGCUGAUGCGGUCGCAGGAGGAGACCGUGGCGGCCAUGAUGAACAUCAAGUUCCAGAACAUCGUAGUGGAAAUACUCAUGGAGAACGUGGAGAAGAUCUUCCACCAGGCUCCGGACCCCAACGUGCCCCUGCCCCAGCCCCAGAGCCGCCCCGAGUCGCGCAGGAGCCGGGCCAUCUGCCUGUCCACGGGCCCCAGGAAGCCGCGCAGCCUCUACACCCCCACGCUGUGCCUGGCCGACGCAGAAAGCGACACGCUGAGCAGCAGUCCCAGCAGCACGCCCAUGGGCAGCAUGGAGUCUCUGUCCUCCCACUCCUCGGAGCAGAACCCCUCCUCACAGGCGGCCUCCGGCGGCCCGGGCAAAGACAAGCUGCUCCUGGACCUGUGCCUGGCGCCGCCGCGGCUGCCGCACGGCGCCGCGGGCGGCACCGCAGGCGGCGCCGCGGGCGUCAGCAGCCCCGAGUCCAGCUCCAGGGAGGACGCGGGCCGCACGGAUUCAGAGGAUGCUCUGAGCCUUUCCUCAGUCAGCAUCGCACCCAAGAAGGCGCCCCAUUUCCACAUGGACCUCAGGCCGGCGCCGCUCAGCUGCUCCCCGGCUCCCUCCCUCAGGUCACUGCACAUUUCUGAAGGCCGCGGGAGCUGCUCCGGAUCUGUCCAGAGUCUGUCAACGGCGGAGCUGCAGCCCAAAGAGGGCGUGAAGCCUGCAGAGCAGCCGCAGCUCCCAGCGAAGCAGGCGAUGCGCCGCGGGACGGGCACCGUGCUCAGCAACGGCUACCAGCGGCCCGGCUCAGUGGUCGCCGCCAGAGCGCUGCUCUUUGAAAGCGCGUCCGCGCCGCAGGCCGGUCCGGUCGGAAGAGAUGCCAAGGCGAUGUACUCCUGCGAGGCGGAGCACAGCCACGAGAUCAGCUUCCCCCAGGGGGCGCACUUCUCCAACGUUUACCCCUCCGUCGAACCCGGCUGGCUCCAGGCAACAUACGAAGGCAAGACAGGUUUAAUCCCCGAGAAUUACGUCGUCUUCCUCUAACGGGGGCAAACACUGCAUCUUUUUCAUGGUAUCCAUGGAAAAAUGUUCCUGCAGUGGACGCAUCCUUGGCAGACGCCGAACGGAACGAUCCUUGUCAGAAUGUUGGAAGUCCAUUAAGUCCAUUAAGCUGAACCUGCAGCGAGUUAAAAUAAAACCAAUCUGUGGCUUUUUCACCUGAACUGCACUGAUGUUUCUAGACUCAUCAAACAGCCACGCCCAGUUUCACACCCUUUAUUCUCUGUUUUAACGUCCAUUGUGUCCAUCAGUCAGCUUUAACCUGCAACUUGACAAACUGUGAUUUUAAAAAAAUAUCCAACAGAUUCCAGUUUGAUUUAGCAGAACCUUGCACCUUAACGCUCAUGUUUCUGGCCUGUGGCCGCCGUUCAUCCACUGAACCGGCUCCUGCUGCAGAGUCGCUAAUCAACCUCCUCUCUGUUUGUGGUACUGUACAGUCUGGUGCACUGGUGUCCUACAGUAGCAAUGACGGCUACACGUAUCAGACUAUGUUAUGUUGAAGAUGAAGUUUAAUAUUUAAUUUCUAUAUUUCUAGAACUCUGUUACAAUAUGUUACACAGUACAAACCUUGUGGUAAUCUAGAAAAUAAUAAUAAUUUUCAGUUUCAGAAAAGAAACAAAGACCAUUUACUCUUUAGUUGCUUGCUUUCUGUGGCCAAAUGUAUUGGAUGUUUUGGCCAAACAUGCGUGUGGAACGGCAUUUGGGAUCUUGCACUUGCCAAGAUCAAGAUGUUCUUCUCCAUUUACAGCAGAAAGAAUGCGAGGUGGCCUUGAGCAGCGAUGUAACACUCCCUCACAGCCCGACUGCGAGUGGCUUAUCGCGGAAAUGACUCUGAAUUUCUGUAUCCUGAUCCUUUUACUUGUGUUGUUUUUACAGUAAACAUUUCCUUUCAGUCA